GGAGCUGGGCCAGCAGGUCCGGUGGCAGCGUUGACACUCCUCCAGAACGGUAUCCUCAUCGAUAAAGACUCCAGCCCUCGCAUCGGACAGCGAGGUGUUGGAAUAUUGCCACGCUCCCUAAACUUCUUCAACUUCUUGAGUGUUCCAGAAGUCGACGAUCUGGGGAAAACUGGGCCCAUGGCCCGUUACUACAUGCCAGGGACAUUCGUGGUGGCCCCGCAUAUAGAGCCUACGUUUACGAUACCAUUC